AUGGCAGUGACGAUCUGCCUCGCUUCUGUGUUCCCAGUGUUAUCGGCAGCGAUUGAGAACCCAUACGCGCAUCUCGUUGCGGAACACGUCUCGGGCUCGCUCGACGUUGACUUGGGCUACGCCAGCUAUCGAGGCUCCUACAACAGCACGACUGAGCUGAAUUCUUGGCUUGGGGUCCGUUUCGCUGAAGCCCCCAUCAACAAGCUCCGGUGGCAGAAGCCUGUCCCUCCCAAGUCAAAGUCAGACCGAAAUGAACCGAUCGAGGCCGAUACUUAUUCGAAAGCCUGUCCUCAAAGCCCUUUGGGCUCGAUAGGUGACAACCCGUUCGAAGUCUCUUCAACGCAAAGCGAGGACUGCCUAUUCCUCAACGUUUGGGCUCCGCGCAAUGCAACUAACCUACCUGUUCUGGUUUGGAUUCACGGUGGUGGUUAUGGAGAAGGGUCUACUAGUGGGUAUCCAAUGGAGUCUUUGGUAGACACGACCGGGCACAGGUUCAUUGCGGUUUCUAUCCAAUAUCGGCUUUCUGCUUUUGGUUUCCUUUCAUCAGAGGAAGUGAAACAAUCUGGAACUCCGAAUGCCGGUUUGUAUGAUCAGCUUUUGGCUCUGCAGUGGGUGCAGCGGUACAUCAAACUUUUCGGUGGUGAUCCUUCAAAUGUGACUAUUUUCGGGGAGUCGGCCGGUGCUGGGUCGGUGAUGCUUCUUUCCAUGGCAUACGGUGGCACGUUGGGCACAUCCCUGUUCCAAAAUCUCAUCGCAGCAAGUCCGUAUCUUCCGAUGCAGCAUGACUAUGCCGGAGCUGUGCCCUCUAAGCUGUACCACGAGCUUGCUGCUUCGGCUGGGUGUAUUGAGGACGUUGAUGAUAAGCCUGCAAACACGUCUAUCUUUGAAUGUUUGGUCGGUAAAGAUACUGAAACUCUGCAAAAUGCUAGUUACACCAUCAGUGUCACAGGUAAUUAUGGACAAUGGGCUUUUCUCCCAGUGACCGAUCACAGUCUUAUCCAGGAGUUACCUAGCGAGCAGCUCUUGAAGAAACAAGUCAAUGGCAAGAGGAUGCUUGUUGGGAACAAUGCUGAUGAAGCCCCGCGGUUCACUCCACCAACCAUCAACACACAAGAUGACUUCGAGGGGUUCAUUCGAUAUCUUUUCCCGCAGUUUAAGGAAGAUGAAAUUGAAAAAACACUGCUGCACUACCCAUCUACAACUGAUCCGGUGGACAAAAACGCAACUCGCUUUGCCACUACAGGGACCGGAGAGCCGACUGCGCUGAAUAUGAGUGCCUUUGCAAGUGGUCAACAGCAGAGGGCAUUUAAUCUUUAUUCAGAGGUCACCUUUGUCUGCCCGGCUUACUGGAUGGCGGAAAGUUUUAGCGAGGAAAACAGGACAAGUCACUUUUACCAGUACUCGAUUCUACCGACGGAGCAUGGUGCCGAUGUCAAUGCCUAUUUUGGCCCCCUUCCAGAUACAAUGUCGCCGGAGUUUCAAGUUGCCAUGAGAUCAUUUUUAAACAGUUUCAUCGUCACAGGUAAUCCCGGGAAGCUCAUAAACUCGACCAUUUCCGACGAGGUUGCAAAGGUCUUGAAGGCAUGGCCUGAGUAUAGCCUCCGUGAGUCGACCCUUAUGAAUAUGAAUCAAACCGGUGGUCAUCCAGUCGACAUUUUUCUCCCAGACAUUGGAUCUGCUCCGCCAUUUGAAGAUAUACCUGCUCGAGAUUACAACGUCACUCUUUACAAGGGGUCAGAUAUGCAGCCCAAAUUCAACCUGGCCGAUGCGUAUUCCUGGGAGGGCGGACGCGGAAAACGCUGUGACUUUUGGCGGAGUAUGGGCUCUCUAGUACCAAUGUAA